AUGUAUUCGUCCUCCAACUCUUUCCUGGGUGGCGCAAACAGCGCCCGCCCCGGACAACAGUCCCCGUUCGGGCAGCAACCUGUCUACUCUCAGUUCUCCCAGGGGCACCAACAACAACAGCUGCAGCCGACAAGCCUAGCGCCUCAGCCAACUGGAUUCCCAGGUGGACAGCUUCAACCUCAAUUUACUGGCUUUCCAGGAGCUGCAGGGCCCCAGCAGGGUUUCAACAAUUUUGGCCAACAGCAACAACAGCAGCAGCAGCAGCCGCAUCUGCAACCACAGUUCACCGGUUUUCCUCCCCAAAGUCAACCGCCACAGGUCUCUAUACAGCAAUCUGCACCACAGCAAUACCCUACAUCCUCUGGGGUUCCUUCGAUUUCGGUCCAAAAAACCUCCAGCCAGAUCGCGCAGUCGUUUAAAGAUCUUGAUGCGUCGUCGAAGCCCCAACCGCCACCCAAGUCGGGGUCGAAAAUCCCCAAUAUCCGGCUCUCGUUCAUCACAGCGCAGGACCAGGCCAAGUUCGAACAGCUUUUCAAGGCUGCUGCCGGUGAUAGUCAAACUUUGGAUGGAGAGAAAGCCAAAGACCUUCUCCUGCGAUCGAAGUUACCCGGCAGCGAAUUGGCGAAAAUAUGGGUGUUGUCAGAUACGACCAAGUCCGGCCAGCUGUUCUUUCCGGAGUUCGCGCUCGCCAUGUAUCUUUGCAAUUUAAGAUUAACCGGCAAAGAACUCCCAGAUGUCCUUCCUGAGCGUAUCAAGAACGAAGUAUCCAGCAUGGUUGAUAUUAUCUCCUUUGGCGUUCCGGACACGCAACCAGAGCCAAAAACAAAUGUUCCCAAAUUUGAUGCACCCCUCCUGCAGAACACAUCGGCGCCUCCCGCUCCCAAGCAGCCGCAGCCUCAGCAGCCCUCAAAUACACAGCUGCUCUCACAGCUCACAUCUCAACCUACGGGGUUCUAUAACCAGGCAACCGGCUUCCAACCCCAGCAGACAGGAUUUCCCGGUCCCAACCAGAGCCUGGCACCUCAGCCGACGGGUUUCCCGGGGCAGCCUCAAACUUCUCAGCCCCAGCAGACAGGGCUCAUGAACAACCCUCAACCUACAGGAUAUAAUGGACCGCGCCCUCCGAUGCCUCCAAUGCCCACUGGGUUCGGAUCGAAUCCAUCACCUUCUCAGACCGGGCCGGCGCCCCUGACAGCUCAACCUACCGGUGCUCCGGGGCAGUGGGGCUUCGUCAACACUCCCCCAACCGGACUACCCAACCUCGAAGCUUUGAAAAAUCAACUCAUGCCCCAGCCUGGUCGGGAAGGAGGGUUUACCACUGCGGGAAUCUCUGGCAACGCAACGAUCCCGUGGGCAGUCACAAAGGAGGAGAAGAAGAUCUAUGAUCAACUCUUCCGAGCGUGGGAUGGUCUCAAUAAAGGCUACAUCGGUGGUGACACAGCGAUUGAGAUCAUGGGUCAAAGCGGUCUCCCGAGGGAGGAUCUGGAGCGAAUUUGGACUCUGUCCGAUCCCCACAAUCGAGGAAAGUUGAACAUGGAUGAGUUUGCGGUUGCAAUGCAUUUGAUUUACCGGAGACUGAAUGGAUACCCCAUUCCAAACCGCCUACCUCCGGAAUUGGUUCCGCCAUCCACGAAGAAUUUGAAUGAUUCAAUCGGAACUGUGAAAUCUAUGCUGUCACAGGAUGCGGAAAACCGGAAGGCUUCUGGCGCAUUCCUCCAGCCUCAGAAGACGGGCGUCAGCUACUUGAAGGAACACUCGUUCCGUAGUAGUUCAACGUCUCCGGGAUCCGGUCGCCGAGAUGCGACUUUGUUCAAAAACAAUGACGAUUUCGUGGCGUACAAGUCGAGUGCCCGUCGUCGAGUGGGCAAUGAGGGCAGGACGCCUUCUCCCGCCACCUCAUCACAGGUGUCGGAGAAAUCUGAGGAUGAGUUGACUGUCGAACAGCUCAAGAAGAAGAUCCGUGAAACGAAAGUCAUGCUCGAUGCCGUAGACUUCAGAGACCAGAAUCAAGCCGAAGAAGACGAAGCUCUUGACCGAAGAGAUCGGAGAGAGGCAGAGAGUCUCAUGGAUCGUAUCCGAAAAGUGCAAGAUGAGAUUGACACCCAUCCUAACGCCGCCUUCCGUCAUCUUGAUUCUGGAGCUGAACGAAGAUUCCUGCGUCGCCAGCUUCAGACUUACCAGGAUCAGAUCCCUGAAAUUGCCUCCAAUGUCCGUAAGGUCGAACGAGCUAUCGCAGAGGCGAGGCUUGAAUUGUUCCGUCUGCAAGAUGCCAAGGCCCAUCCAAACAGUGCUCUCAACAUUAUUGGCACUGGCCCAGGUGGUGCUGUCACCGAAGCUGAUCGCAUCAAAGCCCGCGCGCGGGCCAGGAUGCAGGCGCGCGCCGCUGAGCUUGCUGGAAGGCCAGUACCUGCGACGGAUGACGAAGAGGCGGCAACUCGCCGUCUCGAGGAGGAAAAUGCUAAAAUCAAGGCGGAACGCGAGCGAAACGAAGCCAUGACACGAGACGUUGAAGACAGUGUUAAGGAAUUCUCUCGUAGUCUUGAGGAUAGUCUGAAAGAGGAAGACGAGAAUUCUACUCGGGAACACGAGAGACGCAGGUGGGAAGAAGCACUCGGCGUGGAGGAUACAAUCAGGGAUUUCAUUUACGAUCUACAGCGCAGCAGCAGGACGGCCAAAAUCCGCAAAGAAGAGCAACAGAAACAGUCAUACUCGAAUGAACAGCCUUCUACCAGAUCCGACACCACAGAAACCCCGGCUCGGCCUUCUCUGACUCCAACAAGCUCUUCUGGAUCUUUUGCAGGGCUCACUCACGAAGAGCGUGUGGCCUCCGCAAGGGAACGGGCUCAACGGCGUAUUGCAGAGCGUAUGGCGGCUGCUGGCCUUAAACCAUUCACUGAUACAGGGGAUACUUUGCUACAGCGUCAGGAACGAGAGAGAAAGGAGCGUGAAGAGAGACUGAAACGAGCAGAAGAGGAAGAUGCCAAACGAGAACAAGAGAGGCAGCGUCGACUUGCGGACGAACGAGCACCACAGCCCCCUUCGGCUGCUAAACCAGCCGGCAAGAAGCCUCCACCAGCUCCCCCAUCACGCAAAGGAAGAGCAGAUAGCGCCGGUCAAGCUGAUGCAAAGAAAGCCGAAGAAGAAGCCGCAAGGGCAGCCGAGGCUCAGGCUGAGCAAGCAGCCAAGGAGCGUGCUCUUCGAGAAGAGCAAGAGGCUCAGGAGGCCGAGAGAAAGCGUCUCGAGGAGGAGGCUAGACAACAGGAAGAAGAGCUCCAGAGAGAGAAGGAGGCACAGGAAGCUCGCCUCCGUGCUCUGGAGGAGGAGGUCAGACAGGGCAAGAUCAAGAAGCAGGAGGAAAAACGGCGCAAGCAAGCAGCGGAACGUGAAGCAAAGGAAAAGGAAGCUAGGCUUGCUGCACAGCGAGCGGAGUUGGAGGCAGCCAGGGAACGAGAGCGAGAACUUCAACGUCAGCUCGAGGAACUCGAGGAGAGUUCGUCUGACGAUGAGGGGCCUAUCAACAUCACUCCUCAAGACAGCACCCCGACUCAAAGCCAGGUCCUCCCCUCAACAACUGUCGCCUCUCCUCCACCGCCACCUCAGGCUCCAUCCGUGCCAGCUCCGCCUCCGCCUCCGCCUCCGGAGCCCGAGAAAGAGCCCGGUACGACGGCAAGCUCUCCGUCUAGCAGUCGUGGAGCCCCCGCUACGGAGUCCAAGAACCCCUACUUCCGGAAGCUCAGCCAGUCUGCAGACAGCCAGCCUAGCGAUCCAACUUCUCCUCCGCAGGCCCCUUCCCAGGCUGCUGUAACCUCGCCCAAAUCCGACAUUCCGUCCACCAACCCUUUCCAUCGACUUGUACAGCAGCAGGAAAGUGCCAAGUCCGCCUUCAGUGCCACCCCAGUUCCAGGGCCCCUGGAGCGCAAGUCGCGUGUGCGUCCGGAGGAUGACGAUUGGUCUGUUGCGGAGUCUGAGAAUGAUUCGUCCGAUGACGACGACGAUCGAACUGGUGGUGGCAGCGCAAAGCAACUCGCCAGUAUCCUGUUUGGCACUAUGGGACCCCCUCGACCGUUGAGUGCCACGGAUGAUAAGUCGCCGUCGAAGUCGGCCACCCCUGUACAAGAGAGCUCUCCUGUGCCGCCGCCGCCGCCGCCUCCUCCGCCAGCAGCUCCUCCAGCCGUCCCGGAGACCAAUGGAUCAUCCGAAGCAUCACCAUCUGCGCCUCCGCCUCCGCCGCCUCCUCCUCCCCCACCUCCAGGGCCAGGAUCUGAUGCUCCAUCAGUUCCGCCCCCGCCUCCCCCUCCCCCUCCGGAGGGUGCUCCUGACCCACCACCACCUCCUCCUGCAGGUCCCCCAGUUGCCGUGGGAGGAGGAGGACCACCGGAUCGCAGCGCUCUCCUUGCCUCUAUCAAAGCUGGAAAAGGUCUGCGGAAGGUGGAGACGAAGGAUCGCAGUGCAAGUAUAUUUGCUGGCCGCGUGUUGGACUAG